CUGUUUAAACGUUUCUACUAAAAAAUUGUAUUCAUAUUUCCUGUUCAACUAAAAUCAAUUGCAAGUUAAAGAAAAAACGAAUCGAAAAUGUUUAUUUUUAAUUUUGACUUGGAAACAAAUUUUGAUCCUCAAACGAAAAUAUGGAGCGGUGCUAAGCAGCAAAAUUACUAUGAUCGAAACUGUUCAAUAGGACAAAUCAUUUUUGAAGAAAUGCGUAGACGCCCUAAUAAAAUAUGUCAAAUUUCAGAUACAGAAAAUACAAAUACAACAAAUACUGAAGCUUUAUUACAAGCCAUACGCAUAGCUAAAUUUUUUAAUUCUAUCGGAUUAAGUCAAACUGAUAUUGUCGGGUUAGUCGAUCGUAAUACCACGCAUAUGAUGGAUGUUGUCUUGGCUUGUUUUUUCACCGGUAUAGCAUUCCAUGCUAUUAAUCCAAAACAUGAUGAUGCAACUUCAAAGCAAUUAUUUAAUAUAACAAAACCAAAAAUUAUAUUCUGUGAUGGUCAAGAUUAUGACAAAAUGCUAAGAGUGUCAGAGGAUUUUGAAACAAAAUUAAUAACAUUAAAAAAUCAUUUACAUAAUGUACAAAAUAUCUUAAGUAUCGUAAACCAAACAUUACCGGAGGAGCUAAAUUUUAGGCCAGCUGAAUUGGAAUUUGGUCCAAAUCAAACAUUGGCCAUUUUAUGUUCAUCAGGUUCAACAGGUCUGCCAAAAGCUGUCACCAUACCAAACACGAUGAAAGCUUACGACUUCACUAAUUACCUCACCGAGAAUGACAUACAAUUUACACCAUCUACAAUGGAUUGGUUAUCUGGUUUACUAAAUUUAGUAACAAGUCUUGUAUAUGGAACAUUACGUAUUAUUUCAGAUAAGCCUUAUAGUCCGGAAUAUUUUCUGGAAGUUGUCGAAAAAUACAAAGUUACUUUUACUAUACAGGCUCCUUCCAAUAUGGCAAUGCUGUUGAAUUGUCCGGAUUUAUCAGUAGAAAAAUUAGAGAGCAUCCGUUAUUUUCUAUUUGGUGGAGGAAAAUGUUCAACUCAAAUUCAAGCAAAAUUACAAUCAUAUCUAAAGCAAGGGAAGCUUUGCUGUGCCUAUGGCUUUACGGAGUUAACUGAUGUGUUAACUAGAAACUUCAAUUUUUUUAAUAAACCAAAUUCUGUUGGUCGCAUUUUACCUGGACUUAAAGUUAAAAUAGUUAAUGAUGAAGGUGUUUUAUUAUCACAUAAUGAAGUCGGAGAGAUCUAUUGCACCCAUGACAAAAUCUGGCAAGGUUAUUAUAAAAAUGUUAAAGCUACUAUGGCUUUGCGAGACACAGAGGGUUGGUUUCAUUCCGGUGAUAUAGGUUAUUUUGAUGAGGAUAAUUAUCUCUAUAUUGUUGAUCGUAAGAAAGAUAUUUUGAAAUAUCGUGGAAUGCAAUAUUUCCCAAAUGAAAUUGAGGAAGUCAUACGUGCUAUGCCCGAAGUAGUGGAAGUAUGUGUUUGUGGCUUAUGGAACGAUUUGGAUGGUGAUGCUGCUGCAGCAGCUGUUAUGCCAGUUGUAGGUAGCAAUCUUACUGUUCAGCAUGUUCUCGAUUAUGUACGAAACAACAUACAGGCAGAUUAUAAACAAUUGCAUGGCGGUGUAAUUAUUUUAACAGAUCUUCCUAAAACGGCAACCGGAAAAGCCAAUAAAUUGGCUGUUAAGGAUAUAUUGCAAAAUAGGUUAAACUUUAAUAUGAAAUCCAGUCCCAGUAUUGACAUAAACAGACCAAACACAGUAUUUCGAAGUUAAAUUUAUUUUUUUGGUAACAAUAUGUAUAUAAAUCAUCAUCGUUGUUAAAGAAAUGAUACUAUAUUAUUGUUUAAGUUUGAAAUUGUACUAUGGUAUUACAGGUUGUUAAAUUUUAA